CAUCCGCAGCAAUGGCAUCCCGUCUGGCAAGGAGCGCGGUCGGCGCCGCCCGUCUCCGCCCAACACUCCCUCUCCGAAGCCUGCCCUCCAUCGCGGCCCACAUCCAGCCCGUCCGCUUCAACAGCAAUGUGCCGCAGGAGGACCCCAAGAAGAAGGCCCAGUCCAUGAUGGACGCCAUCCCCGUGCCCGGCAACAGCCCCCUCACCAAGGCCGCCGUGCUCUCGGCCGGUGCGGGCCUGAGUGUUGCCGCCAUCAGCAACGAGCUCUACGUCGUCAACGAGGAGACGAUUGUCGCCCUCUCGCUCAUCACCAUCUGGUGGGCCGUCUGGAAGUACGCCGGCCCGGCCUGGGGAGACUAUGCCCAGCAGCAGAUCGACAAGGUCUCGGGCAUCUUGAACGCCGCCCGCGCCGACCACACCUCGGCCGUCAAGCAGCGCAUCGAGAGCGUCCAGGAUCUCGGCGGUGUCAUUGACAUUACCAAGACCCUGUUCGAGGUUUCCAAGGAGACUGCCAAGCUCGAGGCUCAGGCUUUCGAGCUCGAGCAAAAGACAGCCAUCGCCCACGAGGCCAAGACUGUUUUGGACUCGUGGGUGCGCUACGAGGGCCAGGUCAAGCAGAGGCAGCAGCGUGAGCUUGCCGAGGCCAUCAUCGCCAAGAUCGACAAGGAGCUCGAGAACCCCAAGACGCUCAAGCAGAUUCUCGACCAGAGCAUCACCGAUGUUGAGAGGAUCGUCACCCAGAAGCGAUCAGCCCUCUAGAAACAUCAACACGUCAAGAUUACUCCAUGUUACAUACACCUGUGCAAUAGUCAAGCCCUUCAAUAGAGAGAGUACCCAAGGCUUGGGAAAAGCCAAUUUGAUCUUUUUUCGCUCCCGA